AUGUCCCUCGUGCAGCAUGUAUCUGUACUCGAGGGCGUGGAUCGCGCCGUAGAACCUGAGGAUGAAGAGACUUUCGACAGCACCCACGAAGGGUUCGGGUCCAUCCGACGAAAAAUCAGCUAUGACCUCUUUCCACAGCCGGUCUCCGUUAUUGAAGAGACUUCGACAACUGCUCCUUACAAGGUUAACACUGCGCAAAGACUAGCCCAGGUGCUCGCUACCAUAUUGGCCUGUUGGCUUGGUUCCGGAAUAAUCUUUGGCUUUGCGGCGCUGAAGCCUGUUCUUGUCGCCCAGGGUGUCUAUCGCAAUUUGUGUGCGGCGGAGGAGCUGGAUGGGGAGUUGGAUACCUGCUAUGAGCAGGAGCUAAGAUUGAACUUCUUCUUCACUGUGGGAUCGAUCACAGCAAAUGUCUCGUCUCUUCCGGUCGGCUCUAUCCUCGACCGUCAUGGCUCCCGUGUUUGCGGUUUUGCGGCCAGUAUCAUUUUGGCCGCCGGUAGCUUAUUGAUGGCAUAUUCGUUCAGACACCCAGAAAUCAACGGCUAUAUUGCUGCGAAUUUCCUGCUCGCGCUUGGAGGAACUUUUUUGUUUGUUCCCUCUUUCCAGAUAGCAAAUGCGUUCCCAAAAUAUAGUGGCUCCAUUGUUGCUCUGGUGACGGGCGCGUUCGAUGCAUCUGCUGCAGUUUAUCUUUUCUAUAGGCUAGCGUUUGAAGCGAGCAACGGAGCCUUUACUCCGGACAAAUUUUUUCUGGGAUUUACUCUGGUCCCCGUCUUGAUUUUCUUCACAUGGGUUACUCUUAUGCCAGCCCAUGAUUAUCAAACCACCCACCAGCUAGAGGUCAGAAUUGAAAAGGCGGAAGAUGCGACCAGGGAUGUUCAUGACUCGGAUGAUGAUAUUGAUAGCGAUGGAGAGCUCCGAAGAGUGAGACGCGAACGUGCUGAGCGCCGCCGUGAAAAAAUGCUCAAGCUUGACAAAGUCCUCGGUGACGAGGAGGAACGAAAGCAGCGCGAGCAACAUGAAGAAGAGCGCCAGCAAGCCAGCGCCGUCUGGGGCGUUCUUCAUGGCCUACCGGCCCAUAAACAGAUGGCUAGUCCAUGGUUCAUACUCAUAACUGCGCUCACAGUUUUGCAAAUGCUCCGAAUGAACUACUUUAUCGCCACAAUUCGGUCCCAGUACGAAUUCAUGCUCGACGAGCAACGGGGGGAAGAGAUCAAUGAAUUCUUUGAUAUCGCUCUGCCGAUUGGCGGAGUUAUUUCUACGCCAUUCAUCGGGCUAAUACUCGACCACCUGAGUGUCCCAUCUACGUUGGCAAUUAUAGUGUUUCUGACCACGGUCAUUGGAGUUCUUAACUCUAUUCCCACAUUGACAACUGGGUAUUUAACCGUUGUGCUUUUUGUUCUUCUACGUCCGUUAUAUUACUCUGCCAUGUCUGACUAUGCCACCAAAGUCUUUGGCUUUGCCACAUUCGGUCGUGUUUACGGAACUAUCAUCUGCUUGUCCGGCCUGGUGAACUUCUCCCAGUAUGGACUAGACGCACUGACCCAUGGUCCGUUCGAUGGCAAUCCCAUCCCGAUCAAUAUCAUGUUCGCGGUAGCGGGAUUUGUCGUCGGCUCCAUCCUGGUUGGUUAUGUGGCGACCGCAGGCACCCGGCUUAGGAAGCAGCAGCAGCAAGAAGCCGAGGAAGAUGAACGGCAGAGAUUGAUUCCUGUGGCGGAAGAGGGGCCUGCGCUUAGGUAUAUGUAA